AUGGAGUUGCUGGCUGUGGAAUUACUACAGAAUUUACCAUAUAGAAGGGUGAUUUUGGAGACUGAUUCGGUUUCUGCUGUGAGAUGCAUGGAGGCAUUGCUGAUAAAUGGAGAAAGGAGAAGUAGGGUUAUGACCCGUAUUAGCAAUAUACUGGAUAAUGGAUGGGAAAUCAAACUUCAACACAUUUUUAGAGAAGGAAACGCUCGUGCAGACUGGAUCGCUAAGUGGAGCUGCCUACAAUCCAAUUCUUUGUAUGUUCUAGAUGAUCCACCUGAUGGUUUCGGAGUUUAUCUGUUUAGGGAUAUAUUGGGCAUGUCAUGCCCAAGACUUGUUGACUAA